AGGAGAAGCAGCAGGAGGAGGACACACCGACAGGAGGCGGCGGAGGCGGCGGCGGCGGCAGCGGCUGCUGCUGCUGCGAAUAGGGAAACCUCAGCAGGAGCAGCGGGUGAACUUGGGCGCCACAUUCCCGGGGAAGGACAGACUCAUGAGGAUGGUGUGCGCGAGCUGCUGACCCUUCUCCCUCCUGCCGCCGCUGCUCCUCCUGGACUAUCGGGAGUGAAGAACGCCUUCCUCCUCCGUCUCCCUCGCAGCCACAGCCGCCCGGCUGUGGGUGAACCUGCAGGGCUCUUCAACCAGCUCCAGGACUUUAAUUUUUAAUUUUUUAUUUGAAAAAGGAGAACCGUUUUGGAACGAAAGAGGGAGGGCGAGUGAAAGGACGGAAAGGAGAGAAAGAGAAGGGGGAGCUCGUCCAUCCAUUGAAGCACAGUUCACUAUGAUCUUACUCACAUUCAGCACUGCAAGACGGUUGGAUUUCGUGCAUCAUUCUGGGGUGUUUUUCUUGCAAACCUUUCUGUGGAUUUUAUGGGCUACAGUCUGCGGAGCGGAGCAGUAUUUCAAUGUGGAGGUUUGGUUACAAAAAUACGGGUAUCUUCCACCAACAGAUCCCAGAAUGUCGGUGUUACGUUCUGCAGAAACCAUGCAGUCAGCUCUUGCUGCCAUGCAGCAAUUCUAUGGCAUUAAUAUGACAGGAAAAGUCGACAGAAACACAAUAGAUUGGAUGAAGAAACCUCGGUGUGGUGUGCCUGACCAAACUCGAGGUAGCUCCAAAUUUAAUAUUCGCCGAAAGCGAUAUGCACUUACAGGACAGAAGUGGCAACACAAGCACAUCACUUACAGCAUAAAGAACGUAACUCCAAAAGUAGGAGAUCCUGAAACACGUAAAGCUAUUCGCCGUGCCUUUGAUGUAUGGCAGAAUGUAACUCCUCUGACAUUUGAAGAAGUUCCCUACAGUGAAUUAGAAAAUGGCAAAAGGGAUGUGGACAUAACAAUCAUUUUUGCAUCAGGUUUUCAUGGAGACAGUUCUCCCUUUGAUGGAGAGGGAGGCUUUUUGGCACAUGCCUACUUCCCUGGACCAGGAAUUGGGGGAGAUACUCAUUUUGAUUCAGAUGAACCAUGGACUCUAGGGAAUCCUAAUCAUGAUGGAAAUGACCUCUUUCUAGUUGCAGUUCAUGAAUUAGGGCAUGCACUAGGGUUGGAACAUUCCAAUGAUCCUACAGCAAUCAUGGCUCCCUUUUACCAGUAUAUGGAGACUGACAACUUUAAGCUACCUAAUGAUGAUUUACAAGGCAUCCAAAAGAUUUAUGGUCCACCUGACAAGACCCCUCCACCAACAAGACCUCUACCAACAGUGCCCCCACACCGUUCUAUUCCUCCGCUAGACCCACGGAAGAAUGACAGGCCUAAACCUCCACGGCCUCCCACUGGCAAACCUUUCUAUCCUGGAGCCAAACCCAACAUCUGUGAUGGGAACUUCAACACUCUUGCCAUUCUCCGCCGAGAGAUGUUUGUUUUCAAGGACCAGUGGUUUUGGCGAGUGAGGAACAACAGGGUGAUGGAUGGAUACCCCAUGCAAAUUACUUAUUUCUGGCGGGGAUUACCUCCAAGUAUUGAUGCGGUAUAUGAAAACAGUGAUGGAAAUUUUGUCUUCUUUAAAGGUAACAAAUACUGGGUGUUCAAAGAUACUACUCUUCAACCAGGUUAUCCACAUGACUUAAUGACACUUGGAAAUGGAAUUCCACCUCAUGGCAUUGAUUCCGCCAUAUGGUGGGAAGAUGUGGGGAAGACAUACUUCUUCAAGGGCGAUAGAUACUGGCGAUAUAGUGAAGAAAUGAAAACUAUGGACCCUGGCUAUCCAAAACCUAUCACAAUAUGGAAAGGUAUCCCAGAUUCUCCUCAGGGAGCCUUUGUACACAAAGAAAAUGGCUUUACAUAUUUCUAUAAAGGAAAAGAAUACUGGAAAUUCAAUAACCAGGUUCUUAAGGUAGAACCUGGAUAUCCCAGAUCCAUCCUCAAGGACUUUAUGGGCUGUGAAGGACCAACAGACCGAGACAAAGAACGACAUAGCCCACCAGAUGACGUAGAUAUUGUCAUCAAACUGGACAACACAGCCAGCACUGUGAAAGCCAUAGCUAUCGUCAUCCCCUGCAUCCUGGCCUUAUGCCUCCUUGUAUUGGUUUACACAGUGUUCCAAUUCAAGCGGAAAGGAACACCGCGUCACAUACUGUACUGCAAACGCUCUAUGCAAGAGUGGGUGUGAUAAAGGGCUUUUUUUUUUUCCUUUUUUUCCCAGGAGUUUGUGGUAACUUGAGAUUCAACACAAGAGCUGUUAUGCUGUUUCCUAGCUAGGAGCAGGCAUCUGUCAGCGUGGAUCAGGGUUGAUCUUUCAAUCCCAGGGGAUUGCCUGUCCUGCGCCUGAGUGUAAAUUCACUCGUGUGGGAAGCUCCCAUGACACACAGUAUCUGCCGUUUUUUCAGUCCUUUGUCUUUCUUCGUCAUUCAGUUCUAGGCCUUUCCUCUGCACGCUCAAUGCCCAGUACACUUUUAGGAUUAACUAAAGAAGAGGAAAAAGAAGAAAAACAACAAAAACGAAGAUUAUUCUUAAUGGUUUCAAACAUUAUCCCUUACUUUAAUCCCUCUGAGCCCCCAGAAGCUCGAUCACAUUUCUGGAGGGGAAAAAAGGAGAUUUUGCUUAAAAAAAUUUUUUUGAACAAGACAACCCAUAAUUGAACUUUCAGGAAAGUGUGAAGACCCAAAACAGCUUUGUCUCCAAAGAGGAUUGCUUUCUGUCUGCUAUGGAUCUAGUCCUUUACUCCUACACGUAAUUUUUUUGUCUGGUGGGAGACCUGGAUGACACAUGCAGGAUGUUAGACUGUUUGGACAGCCAUUUUCCAACCAACAAGGGGCCAAAAUAUCUGCAAUAUAGUGACAGCCUUAAUGAUACAUCCAUUUUGCGUUUUAUACAGCUGUUUGGAGCUAUGUCCUCAAUGUUUUAUCACAUUUAUAUCCAUAUAACUAAAUUCAAACAGAACCUUUUCAUUGUUUUGAGGUGUUUCUUUUUUCCUCUCUUUCUCAGCUCCUAACUUUUGUUGUGAUCCCCCCUUCCCAAGCUGUAUGAGGCCAAUUGCCCCAGGCCUUCAUGGGUCUGUCAGUAACACUCAUUACAAAGCAUAGCAAGAAGCAGUAUGUCUCUAAAGUGGAUUGCAGGGAAUUUAAGUAGCAGUGAUUCUUACAAGGAAAUAUGACACUAGUAUUACAUUGGUGUAACCCUUUGAGAACUAUCACAUCAGUUUUCAGAGUCUUAAGAUGCUAAUCUGGGGUUCUGUUAAAUUACAGGGCUUGGUAGUGGUAUAUACAAACAUAAGUUCAUGAAAUUCAGAGCUUUAAAAAAAGAUAUCUUUUGAUCACAAAAAGUGCAUAAAAAGAUUCACAUAACUGCUAAAAUGAAAUUAUGACAAACUGACAGGAAAGUUAUUUGCCAGAAAACUUUUCUGGCAAAGAAGAGAAAAAAAAACAAAAAAAACAAAUUUUGAUACCAUCUAGCAUACUACCAGUAAAUUCUAAAGAAGAAAAACUUAAAUAAAUACAACUGGCUACAAUUUGAUAGCCUAAGUCUUUUUAUCUUAGACAUAUUGAAUUUCUGUUUAAAACUCCAUUGCAUGAAAAUUCAAUUUGUCUUGGUAUAUAAUUACAUACAGGUAAGCAUUACAGCUUCAAAAGUAGGCUGAUACAAUGACUCUGAGGUUGCAUGAAUAUUCUCCAGUGCAUUACCUAGUGCAUGUUUCUCAAAGUUCUCAAAGGGUUGGCAAGACUUGUGGCUUUUAGCUGUCCGUUCCAUCACUGACAGAGCCAAGGGACCACCAAAGCAUUUCAUUGUUGAGUGUGAUUUGUCCUAACAGCAGUAUUGUCAUUUUCAUGAGACCUGCGGAGCGGGUUUGUAUCAAUAUUUUUUUCCUAGAGAAAAGUCAGCAACUGACAGACCUCUUUAUUGAUUUUAGGAACUGCUUCUUGCAGUGAUAGGCUUUACAGCUACUGGGCUGUGAACUUAUUAAAGAUGGUCAGAAUGAAUGCACCCCAUGAAUCAGACACUGGCUUUGUGUGAAAGCCAGGCUUGGAGGGGAAUUGCUUUUGAAACAAUGAACAGCUUGCCUUGAACUUGAUUAUUGAACUGUUUGACUGUCAUUAACCACAACUUAAACAUUGUCUUCUGUGAGAAAUUUAUGAGUAGAGUACUAUUCUAUGUCUUUGCCCUUUGACCUUUAACUUGCAAACUGGCACAAGUGAAAGGGAUUGCAAGAUCUGAUGUUACUAAUAAAUCUGGAUUGUUAAUUUGCUUUCUAAAAACUGGGUAAUCACUAUCCAAGUACUCAGAAAAGUAUGAGCUGUUUCCUUAGGGAGGGAAGAAAAGGAAUUGAACACACAUCUAUCUGCAGGUGGGCAUUUUGCUAUCAGUACAUGCACACUCUAAAGUUAAACUAUAAGUAGAAGUGACUUUUUAUUUAAUGUUCAUAUAAUUUCAUGUCCAAAUUCAUCAUUUUACAAUGAAAUAAAAAGUUACAGGAAAAAAAAAUAACCUCAAAUACUUGAAUGGCCAGUGUGGCUUUUAUAUAAAGCAGGAAUUUUAUACUAGUCAAAAAGAUUUCUUACUCAUUUGCUAAUAUAUACAUUACUGGAUCGUUUUUAAUGAGUGUAGGUUUGCAUUAUUGUUUGGAAAUGGAUAGUUUGACUGCCUUGAAUUCAUAUUGAAACUCAAAAUAGCAUGAAAAUUGAUGUUAUUUUUUUUGUUGUUGUUUUUUGUUAAACUACAUGUUUAUGAUUUGGUCAGAGGACUACAUUAUAAUCAUGUGUAGCAUGCUGAAAAGCCUUGCAAAAACUUCUUAGGGAAUAAACAGAUAUAUAUGCAAGGAGAAAGAAAAUGAGCAGUUAGAGGGAAAAAGAUCAGAGCAAAAUAAUAUGUAGAUCUGGAUUCAUUUUUGGAAGGUUUUCUAGGCUAUAUAUGAGGGCAAAAUAAAUCCAGAGAGUGCACCAGAAUCAGCCUAUAGCGUUGCUUUAAUUCUUCCACUAAAGUUGCUGCUGAUAUUCUAAACUUUAUUCACCAUUAUAGAACAUCAAGAUGAUAUUUAUAUAAAUUCAAUUAUGCAGUAUGUGGCAUGUAGAUUUUUUAAAAAAUAUUUUUGCAAAUUUUAUGUCAAUAAGCAAAAAACCCCUGGAAAUUAGAAUUUGCUGUGUGUGUGUAUGUGUCUGUCUGUCUGUCUGAAGCCAACAUCAUUUUUGAACAUGUCAUAAAAAUCACUGAUGAAAUUUCAUUUAAAAUAAUUCAAAGUUGAUUUCUCAUCUAAAAAGCAAAGAGUGCUGCCUUAUUCAUCUGGUAUCAAAUUUUUGAAAAGUACACAAGACUAGAAAAUAGGUGUAACAUUAGACAAUGAAAAAAAUCAUUUGAGUGUGUGUAUAUGUGAGAAUAUGUCUGAAUUCUAGCUCACAACAGUGAAUACAUUUCUUUUGGUGUAUACCUAAGUAUGACAUAGAAUUAUGUGAUCAGAAAAUGGAUUAUAUGUUAAACUUCACUUGAAAUGUGUAAUCCUAGUUAGAGCAAAAAGAAAUUGUCGAACUAUGGGACUACCAGAGUGAAGAAGGAAGAAAAAAAAUAACAAUAAUGUUUAUCAUAAUCAUCACUGAUUCCUGUCUAGAACUUCAUUUUUAUCACUGGAAAAGAGGCAUUUUUUUCAAGCAAUUACUGACACCACCAUUUCCCUUCUCCUUAAAAGUAAGGGAAAAUAGCCUACUGAAGUAAUGAAAGUGAGAGUACCUAAUUGUCUAAACUUUAUCAAAGCUACUCUUUGACUAAGUAUGAACAUCUGUGAGCCAUCAUCUAAAGGAGAAUUAAUAUAUUAAUGCAGACUCUCAGAACUCAGUCUAUCUAAUAUGAUUUCAGCUAUCCAUUCAUUAGUCACAUGAGUUUCUAAAUUCUAGGAUUUCUCAAAUUGAAAUGAAAAUAAAUUCAUAAACCAUAA